AGAGAGGAGAGGGAGACAAAAAGAGCGCUCUCUCUCUCUCUCUUACUCGUUCCCUACUCUUUUUUUUUUUAUCUUCUUCUCCGCUUCGUCUUUCUCCCUUUUCCUGGAGAGCGAUGGCGGAUCGCUUGCUCUACAGGUGUCUCUUUCUAGCUUUGCCACGGUUCCCGGCCUAGAUCCGGGCCGAAAUUCUGAAGGACGGAAGCCGGAAAGCGGUUACUGGCGGGCGGAUCGCCCGGAAAUCGUUUCCUAGGGUUUUGCCUCUGGUUUCCUCUUGCUCUGGGCCUUGGCUUAAGUGGAGGUUCUCGCCGUCGCUUUGCUGGAGCCGCGGAGGGGCUUUGCUGUUGGAGUUUGGAGGAGAGGUUUGUGAUUUUCGCUUCAGUUUCGGUCUCGGGGCUUCUGUUUCGUGUAGCGGUUUUGUGAUCUGAGGCGGGGGAAGGGAGGGCAGGGUUUUCUAGGAUUUCGCUUGCGUUUUGGGCUGCGGUGGGGGAAUGUGAGUUGGAUUGGGGCUUGUUUGGCUGGCUGUGAGUUCAUCGUGGUUUCAGUUUUUGCUGAUGGCUGCUGUUUCAUUUUCUCUUUUUGUCUUUGAAGUGGAGUGAGUGAGGACGUGCUUUGGAGGAAGGAAGCAUGUGGAAUGGAGGAUCGGAAUGAUAUGGUUUAGUUCUUAGUUGUUUGUGGUGUUCUACAGUUUAUUCUUUCAAUGCAUUAGUAUUUGAUCUUCAUCUUCAUAUCCAUCAAGUGGUUGGAUCAGUUGCCGUGGAUUUUGGAAAUUGAUAGUUAGUUGGCAAAUCUGUGAAUAUGCUGAUUUAUCUAGUUCUAAUUGAGAAGAGAAGGUCAGAGGAUUGAUAAAAUCUAUUCAGUUUGGAAGAUAUCUCUCAAAGCUCCUUUCUUGUUUCUUCUGUCCUUUUGUCAAGGGUAAUAGGAAUAAGUGAAGCAAGGUGGUCAAGCUGUGAGGCCUGUCUUGGGCUUUGACAGAUAAGCUGGGCAAAAUGAUUACCCGAAGUAGAACUACGUAGCAGCCACUGGGAGAAGGAUAAAGGAUUUGGAGAAAUUUGUCUCGGCAAUGGUUGUAAGAUUUGUUAAAGUAGCGGACAUUUUGUUAAAUUGAAGGGUGUGUGUCGAGGGUUGCACCGGAUGUUUUCACUUUAGUGCUACUUGCUUGGAAGAUAUGAUGGGUUGUUUGUGUUUUAAGGCGUCUGAUAUUCAGGAGGAGCAGGUGGCUCCUAGACAAAGAGCAAUAAGCCAUUCGUUGACGAGACAAGCCGUUGUUCCUGUUAGGAGAGAGGAAUCCGUUGUUACCAACAGUGUAACUGUUUCAAAUGGAGGGUCUGUGCUUGCAGAGAAGCAAGCUGGCCGCGUGGUUCGAAAUAAUAGUGAAGAGGCUAAUAGAAAAGGGGAAAGAACUAAUCAUUCUGGUCGUCACAUGUCACAUCUUGCUGGGUCUCUAAGUGACCUUCAUCCACGGGAUUCAAUUAUAACAAGGGCUACAGAAGGAGAACAGGUUGCAGCUGGUUGGCCUCCUUGGCUUGCAGCUGUUGCUGGAGAAGCAAUCAAGGGGUGGAUACCCCGUCGCGCUGACUCUUUCGAAAAGCUAAACAAAAUUGGCCAGGGAACAUACAGUAAUGUUUACAGGGCGCGUGAUCUUGAUAAUGAAAAAAUUGUUGCUUUGAAGAAAGUUAGGUUUGAUAACUUGGAGCCUGAAAGUGUACGCUUUAUGGCAAGGGAAAUUCACAUCUUACGUAGGCUUGACCAUCCAAAUGUUAUUAAAUUGGAAGGCCUAGUGACAUCACGAAUGUCCUGUAGCUUAUACCUAGUGUUUGAGUAUAUGGAGCAUGAUCUUGCUGGACUCGCAUCCAAUCCUAGUGUAAAAUUCACAGAAUCACAGAUCAAAUGUUUUAUGCAGCAACUUCUACGUGGUCUUGAUCAUUGUCAUAGUCGUGGAAUUCUUCAUCGGGACAUUAAAGGUUCAAAUCUUUUGAUUGACAAUGAUGGCAUUUUGAAGAUGGCAGAUUUUGGCCUGGCAACAUUCUUCUAUCCUGGUCAGAAGCAGCCAUUGACAAGUCGUGUGGUCACUCUUUGGUAUCGACCUCCAGAGCUCUUGCUUGGAGCCACGGAGUACGGUGUUUCUGUGGAUCUCUGGAGUACUGGUUGCAUUCUUGCAGAACUAUUUGCAUGCAAACCUAUCAUGCCUGGCCGCACAGAGGUGGAACAAUUACACAAAAUUUUUAAGCUCUGCGGUUCGCCAUCGGAAGAAUACUGGAGAAAGUCAAAACUGCCACAUGCAACCAUAUUUAAGCCUCAGCAACCUUACAGACGCUGUGUUGCUGAAACAUUUAAAGAUUUUCCACCUUCGGCACUUGCACUCAUGGAUGUACUUCUUGCUAUUGAUCCUGCAGAUCGUGGAACUGCAUCAUCAGCUUUGAAAAGUGAGUUCUUCAAUACAAAGCCAUAUGCAUGUGAUCCUUCAAGCUUACCUAAGUAUCCCCCAAGCAAAGAGAUUGAUGCAAAGUUAAGAGAUGAAGAAGCUAGACGGUACAUGCAACAUGCACUUGCAGUUUCCUCCACCAGGCAAAGGUCGGCUAGUGGUAGAGGACAGCGGCAUGACUCAACAAAAAAAGUACAAAGGGAAUCCAAAGCCAUUCCAGCUCCUGAGGCAAAUGCCGAGUUGCUUGCUUCAUUGCAGAAACGUCAAGUUCAACCUAGUACAAGAAGCACAAGUGAGAAGUUUCACAUGCAUCAGGAAGACAUGGCUUCUGGAUUUCCAAUUGAUCCGCCAAAACAACAUGUCAUUGUGGAAGCAAGUGCUGUCUCACAGGCGUACCCUCGAGAUAAAAUUUCUCUUUCUGGUCCUCUAGUGCACCCUUCUGCAUGGGCAAAGAGGCAGAAGAACGAGGAUGGUACCCCCAAAGAUUCAAUAUCUCGUGAUUUAUCUUCCUUGUCAAGCCUAGUGGCUGCAGGAAGAACUGUCAGGCCUGAUGGCCACAAAGAAACGGGCGGACCACUCCGGGACCAGUCAUUUGUUGGAGGUGAGGUGUUGAGUUUGGGGAGCAGGGCAUCCCAUUCAAGGGCUGAUCAAGAUCAAAUGCAUUUUCAAGGGCGAAUGAGCACUCAUCAAAGAAAAGAUGCCAAGACAUCGCAAAAGGACCAAAGCCUGGCGUAUGGACCAAAAGGAAACAAAAUUCACUACUCUGGUCCACUUGUUCGAUCAGGGAACAUUGAUCAGGUGCUAAAGGACCAUGAACGGCAGAUCCAGGAGGCUGUUCGCCGGGCACGUCUGGACAAGGUCAAAAUUGCGAGAAUCCCUGCUGGUGGUUGAUGUGGCUGUUACCAAAUUUGUGGUGUUGUCAAGGGCCAGAGGCGAGAAUCUUGCUGUUCUCCACACGCUGUGGUUCGCUUUACGGAGCGCAAGCUGCAGGAAAAUGUGCAGUUGCUCCUCAAACUGAAGAUCGAAUGCAGUGAGUGGAAAUGAGAUGUAUAGGCGCUCAUUGUAGGAAAUUCCAAUUGCUAUUCGGUUCCAAGUUUUUACGAAGGGAUAAUGGUGCUGGAAUGUUGGCUUCUUUCUAAUAUAUUUAUUUGCAGUUUAAUUACUCUUA